ACAGGUUAUCGUUACAUCGGAUUGAGAAAUGAAAAGAAUCAAGCGCUGACUCUUCCUGCUAUAUUUGUGUAUAUCGAGGUGAAAGAUUAUGUUCCUGAUACAUUCGCCGACGUCAUCGAAGCGCUGUCCAACCCCAUCAGAUACGUCAACCUGAUGGAGCAGAGAUCCAAACAGCUGGCGGCGCUCACUCUAGAGGAGGGAGAAGAGGAGAAAGACACCAAAGAGGUGGAUCCUGGUGUUGAAAACCCUUCGGAGGUUAAAAGCGAACCCAAACCCGUCCCGGUUGAGAACGGCCUGAGUCACGCACCCAGCGCCGCUCCGAAACCCGCGUCCCAGAUCAGCCCACAGCCGCAGUCCACAGGCUCAACCAAACCAGCGGCAAAGACUGAAGAUCUGAUUCAGAGCGUCCUCACAGAGAUGGAGGCGCAGACCGUCGAGGAGCUCAAACAGCAGAAGGGCUUCGUCCGAGAGCAGAGACGACACUAUAAAGAGAUGAAGGACCUGGUGAAGAAACACCACAAGAAGACCACCGAGAUGAUCAAGGAGCACACGGCCAAAUACAACGAGUUCCAGCACGACUACCUGCGCAAACGAGCCGUCCUGCUGAAGUCUGCCAAACGAGACGGUAAGAAGAGGUGUUUGUCGUCCAGUCCUGAACACGGAGCCUCGUUCUUCGAGCAGGAGCUGGCCAAUCUGGAUCAGGACAGCGGACAGAAACUCUCUGAACUCAAAGAACAGCAGCAGCAGCAGCUCCUCAAUCUGCGUCAGGAGCAGUAUUACAGCGAGAAAUAUCUGAAGAAAGAGCACAUCAAACAGGUGAUCGAGAAGCUGACGGCCAUCGCUGAGGAGAGUCGGAGCAACCAAAUGAAGAAAAUCAAGGAGCUGUGUGAGAAAGAAAAGAAAGAGCUGAAAAAGAAAAUGGACAAGAAGAGACAAGAGAAGAUCAGUGAAGCCAAGUCCAAGGAGAAACACCUGACAGAAGAGGAGAAGCUGGAGAUCAACAGGUCGUAUGUGAACGAGGUGGUGCAGCACAUCAAGAGGCUGGAAGACGCUCAGACUAAAAGACACGAGAAGCUGGUAGAAACCCAUAAGAGCAUCCUGCAACAGAUAUUAGACGAGAAACCCAAGCUCCAGAACGACCUGGAUCAGGAAUACCAGGACAAAUUCCGGCGGCUUCCUCUGGAGAUCCAGGAGUUUGUGCAGGAAAGCACCAAGAGAAAGACUGAGGACGGCGAGCAGGAGGUUCUUCCCUCUUCCUCCUCCACGCUGGAGAAACUCAUGCAGAAGGGAGCACAGUCUGAAGACGACACGGAGGAGGAGAAGAAAGACUGAUGUCGGAUCUCUUCCCACUUCACUUUUACGUUCCUUCAUUUCCAAACUAGAGAUUUGUAAGGCUUGCGUUUACUCCAGCAGACGAAGGAGGGUUUGUGUCGCAUCAGAAACACGGCUUCAUGUCACGCUGGGAGAUUUACAUCUGAAUUAUAUCUAGUGUUCUGUUGAUGUGCUUCUCAUGUUAACGAGUAAACAGUGUUUUAAUGGAAGAGAACACAGGUCAUGACACUGCACUGAGAUACUGUAGCCAGCAGUUAUCUUCUCACAAAUCUCACAAAAACGCCCUGCUCAAGUCAACCCAAAACAACAAUCUGGGGCUUAUUUCACCUGGAAAAUAAAUUUUGCUUAGAAAAAAAUAUCUGUCUGUUUUAGGGCCAUU